AUGCUUCAACAGGGAAGAAUUAUUCAAGAAUUGUCAGUAAUCAGUCUCCAGCAGGAGAUUAUGAUUUUAGGAAAAAGAAAAGCAUUAAAGCUGAGGAUCAACCUCCUGAUUCUACAGUGGUCCACGGGCACAUCACAACUAGACCUACCAAAACAAGAUCCAUUAGAAUUGCGGAACAGACUUAAAGAGAUAUAUGUUCAAGUACCGGCACCUCAAAAUAAACCCAAGAGUAUCAGCAAAGUUGAAGAAUCCUUUCUGCUUGAAAUGAUAUCUCUUGAAGAGAUGAAAAAAGCUCUGUCUGUAGUCGAAGAAUAUGUAAGAAAUGAGCAGUAUCCAUCUUUUGCUAUAUUAAGACAAUUAUGUGCGUGGGCCUCUACUGAAGGUGAUUUGGACGAUGUGAAGAGAAUUAAAGAUAUGACUCGAGAUAGGUAUUCCAGACAGUACAAAUAUCACAUGUAUUUUGAUACCUAUUUUGCAAGUGCCUUGUAUCGUGAAGGGAAACUGAAAGAAUGCUUAGACGUUCUUUAUAAACUAUUUGUCGAUCAUCCUAAACGUAUCAAGAAGGCAAAAGAUACAGCUGCAUUUAUACUUUCAAGGGUGAUAGAAGUGGGUGAUGAAAACCAGGAAAAAUUGGCUUUCUCCUUUGUCACAAAUUUAGCAAAAGAACAAAAUCAGCUAGGACCAGCUUUGGCCUUAUGGCGAGCAGGAUUCUGCAGCCCAAGACAUCGUCAUUUUGUGGUAAGUUCUAGGACCUUGAUUCCUGUUCUCUAA